UGAUUUGCAUGCCCUGCCGUGGUCCAGCGGCCUCCCCUGCUGUUCCCUGAAGCACCUGGGUUUCGUCCAACAGAACGACUCCCGCCGGCCUCCCUGCCCCUGGCCAUGGUCUGCUGGCGUCUGGCCCUCCUCCUAGCUGGGGCCCUCCUGGCAGUCUCCCAGCCAGCCCUGACCCAGCCGGAGGCACUGCUGGUCUUCCCAGGCCAAGUGGCCCAACUUUCCUGCAUGCUCAGCCCCCGUUACGCCACCGUCGGGGACUACGGUGUGUCUUGGUAUCAGCAGCGGGCAGGCAGCGCCCCCCGCUACCUCAUCUACUAUCGCUCAGAGGAGGACUACCACCGGCCCCCGGACAUCCCUGAUCGCUUCUCAGCAGCCACAGAUAAAGCCCAUAACGCCUGCAUCCUGACCAUCAGCCCUGUGCAGCCAGAGGACGAAGCAGAUUAUUACUGCUCCGUGGGCUACGGAUUCUAGGGGUGGGAUGUGGGAUGUGGGAUGAGUGCCUCCCAUCUGCCUCCUAUUUCUGUUCCUGACCUUUCUGUGAGCCUUCAUUUUCCUCCUCCAUAAAAUGGGUUAGUAAUACUCAAUAUAUCAAUAAUAUUCUGAGGGUCAUGAGAUCCUUGCUGAAAAAGCGACUGUGGUCCAUCUGAGAGUAUGGCGGCAGGGAUUCUGGGGAUUGUUGCAGAAGAGGAAGCACCUGAGAACCUUGGGGUGGGGCCCAGCCUCCCCACUGGCUCCCAGGGGGCUCAGACUGGUGGCUGUUGCCUUCCUGUGACCUGAGGAGCCGGAGGGAGAGAAAAAGGAACCAGCCUUUGCUGCUCCCGGCUCUGCAUGGCUGGUUGUGGUCCAACGCUCUCGGGGUGACUGGGCUUGGUGCCCAGGCUCCUAGCUUGGGGAGGGGCAGCCUCUGCCUACGUGGAUGGGGCAGGAAGACGCGUGGGCGUGUGGGGAGGGUGAGAGCAUUCAAAGACACCCGAGGGCCAGGACAGGAGGUGCUGAGGGCAGGUGGGCAGAAUAGGAAGCAGCCCUCCUCUCAGGAAAGUGUGUUCUAGAGGUUUCCUGUUAUAGGGCUGUGGCCCCCGAGGGAGGUGCAGGAUGGACCGGAGCAUUGGUGUUGAGGGACUACUGGGUGGAGGGGCAAGUCUUGUCAUCAGAAGCCGAAUCAAGUUCUAGGGUGGGGGAGCAGGUUUAAGAACACAUGCCUCUUCCCUCCCAGUUUCCUUAAGAGGCGCCGUCUGAACGGAGGUCAUCCCUCAGAUGCAGAGUUGGGGUCUCGAGGGUCCCGCCUAUGCUCCCAGCCAUCUCCUGGAUGCGCUCCUGGCCCUCCUCAUCUAUCUCUGCGGGGACGGGGUGGGCAGGCAGGACCACGGCUCCCCACGAAGGGAGGGUACAUCCCCAAAGGACCCGGGGCCUGCGCAGGGUGACGGGCUCCGCAGUCCUGGGCACGCCUCCUGGGGACCCCAGCCGCUCCACGGCCUCGGCUGGCCCCACCCCACGGGCAGGUGCCCUCCCGGCCUCAGUUUCCUCCUCUGCGCUCCCGCCAACGCCCGCCCAGCCGGGACGCGUUGGGGG